AUGUCGCGCAACAUAUCGAGCUGCGGAAACUGCUUGCGGAGAGCUGUGGUGACAGCCUUGCCGGCAAGGAGCACGGCUGCCGGCGCUCUACCGACACUCACGCAGCGACAAUACUCGUCCGAGCCUGCUUCAGCCCCAGGGGAUGCCCCCAGAACAUUGGACCUGGAAGUCGAGGAUCCCGCCGCAGCAGAAACGAAAGCAAAGGCAAAAUUCAACCGCGUUGUGAAGAAUCAGCUGCAGCACAUGUCGGAUGACCCGUAUGCGAUCGCCCAUUAUGUCGAAAAGGCGCUUGACCGUGGCGCCUUUGAAGAGGCGAUCACUGUGACCCGCAAGCUCACAAGCCAGGGGAAGCAGCUUAUCGUGGCGUGGAAUCAUUUGAUUGAUUAUCAGCUGAAGAAUCAGAAUGUCAAAGAGGCACUCAAGAUCUUCAAUGACAUGAAAAAGCGUGCGCAGUUCCCCAGCGUGAGGACGUAUACCAUUCUCUUCCGAGGUCUUGCCAACUCGAAACACCCAAAGCACGCCGUCGCCGAAGCAGUCAAGCACUACAAUGUGCUCCUGAACGACAAGCGCAUCGAGCCCAACUCUACCCAUUUGAACGCAGUCCUCAACGUGUGCGCCAAGGCUGGCGACAUGGACAAUCUCUUCCUCAUCGCGCAGUCAGUCAACAACAAUACCCGCUCGCCGACUGCGUACACAUAUGCGACGAUUCUGCACGCCCUGCGCCACCAUGCCACGGAUGGCGUGGCGGAUCUCACAGAGGAGCAGAGAAUCACUAACCAGCAGUCCACUAUAGAUCGUGCUCAGAAGCUCUGGGUGGAAAUCAUCAGGAAGUGGAAGGACGCCAAGCUUAUCAUAGACGAGGAGCUCGUGUGCUCCAUGGGCCGCUUACUGAUCAUGUCGCCCAACAUUGAGGAGAAGCGUAGGGUCUUUCAGCUGCUCGAGCAGACUAUGAACAUUCCCAACCUCAUCGAGAACCCGGAACUCGGCGCGGAGAGAGACGAGAACAUGAAGGACAUUGCCAGAAGCGCACCUUUGACCGUGCCCAAUUCCCCCAAGACGACGUAUGCCGUCCCAGGACGCAACACCAUGUCGCUCAUCAUGGCAGCCCUGGCGUCGACGCGCGAAAUCACCUCGGGCAUCAAGUACUGGAAUCUUCUGGUCAGCCACUAUGGUGUCCUCCCGGACCGCGACAACUGGCUUCGUAUGUUCGGCAUGCUCAAGGUCAGCAAGUCCAGUGCCUACGCUUCUGCUAUCCUCGACAUUGUGCCCGCCGAGUAUAUCGAUGGAAAGCACUUCAAGAUCGCCAUGGAGACCUGCGUCCGCGAUAGUCUGAACCGAAAUGCCGUGAAGAAUGCCACGACCGUGUUGGACACCAUGCUUCGACGCAUGAAGGAGCCCGACCUGAUGACGCUCCGCCUCUAUCUCCGCGUCGCCCUCGUCACGCACAAGCAGAUCCGUGCUCAGGCCGCAGCGGGUGACCUCGAUGCCGCCAAGCGCGUCUACGGCGAGCAGAUCACCCUCGCCUUGUCCAAGCUCUGGGAACCAUAUCGCCAAGCCCACUACCACCACUUUGAGCUCGUGAAGCCCAUGAGCGAAGUGAGCAAGAGGAUCAACUACAACAACCAGCGUGAGGUGAUUGCCCUAGCGCGUGCCAUGGUCAGUGCUUUCGACAAGGUCCUGCAUGAGCAGAUGCUGUCCGAGACCGAUCUCAAGGAGAUCAAGCACACCGCCGCCCACAUCAACCGUCAGAUCAAGGACUUUUACAGCACCCCGAUCCAAAGGCAAAAGGACCGCGAAGAUGAGGCAGAUGAUAACUCGCCAGCCCCCCAGCAGGAAGAAGGCGAGCACAUGUUCAAGGGCAAAGAAUGGGUAUGGGACACCUACACUUCCCCUACGAAGCCGGAGCGCCCGCAGCGUGAGAAGCCGGAGCGAACCACCAACUCGCGCGAAGGACAAGCUCCCAGAAAGCCUCGUGAGCAGCUCAACCACAGGAACAGCAACAGCCGUUCGGGGUCAUCUGGUGGGCUGGGCUCUAAAGCACGAGCACGCUAUUCGCGAGAAGCUCAGAUGGAUCAGAAGAAGGACAGCCUGCAGCGUCGCGAUCGGCGUUUGGUGGAGGAAUGA